CGCCAACCUUGGGGUAGUAGGCCUACCGGUAAAAGUAGUUUUGAGUUUUAAUAACAUUUUGGAACACGUUUGUUAUUCUUUCAUCCUUUUACUAAAAUGUUUUAGUUUCACUACUGCACUCUGCAGCUCUCUUUAUUGUAAUAUGCAGUGAUGGACGGAAGCAGAACGUUCCAGAGCUCCAACAGUACUUUCAACGAAGAAUCAUUUCUACAAUUUUCAUAAUGUGGGGGCGCCAGGCAGCAGUACAAAGCGAUAUCUAAGGAUGAAGCUCUGCUCUUAUUUAUCAUCAGAUUUCAAAUGAUUGGUUGAUAGUUGAUCAUUCACCAUUUUAAUAUAUCAGUUGUUACACCCGUACCACCUGCACAUUGCACCAGGAGUUCGAUACUAAGUUGCUAACAUGCAUAGAUCUACCUGCAGCCUGUUACUUUUGUGAAAAACAGAGCAGGCAGUAAUCUGUUUUGACUAAGGCUCCAACAGUAUUUACUUCAUUUAAUUUUGCAAGCUUAUGGUUGGCUACUUAUCCAGAGUAACUUCCGCUCACAAUGAUCAUGAAAUUCACUGGCAACAUUUUCAACAUACACAAGUCAAAUUAGAUUAGUCGAAUGAAAACAGGAUCAGCAUUAUUUCACACAAUUUGUAGGAUUCAACAUAUUGCUUCAUGUCAUCACGGCUUAUGAAAUAGCAUCUGUCUUAUGCUUUGUUCAUUGUCAAAUUCUAUCAGUUCAAACGGCAAAUGGAACCCUGUUUUUGGUGUGUGGAAUGAGAAAUUAUAAUUGCAAUAUUUAUUUGAUUGGUGUUUUACAUCAUACACAAGUGUAACAGGAUGAUACAAGUAUAUAAGAGCUAUCUACCUCUUGCUUGGGCGACUCUCCCUAUAGUCUAGUGGGGAAAAUUAUGGACUCCAAACCCAGAGAUCGCUGGUUCAAAUCCCCAGCUUGUAAGCCCGGUCACAUUUGGCGCUACAAACAUGGGUACAGGUAGUGGCUUAUAUAGCAGGCUGUGAUGCCUUCAACAAGGAAAGGUGAAUGUGACAGGGUGAUUUGUAUGUAUAAGCGUUAACUACCUAUGAGUAGUAGUGGCCAGUGGUGGAAGUGUGGACUCCCAACCCAGAGGUCACUGGUUCAAAUACUCAGCUGGUAGGCCUGUCAGGCAAGAAUAAUUCACUUGUGCAAAGGCAGUCAGGGUUUGUAGAGGAAACUCAGCUGCACCAUCUCAUGACCAUCUGUAGGAUAAAUAAUAAAUUAAUAUGUUAUGUCAAAAGAGAUCAACUUACACAGCACUUACAGCUAAGUUCUAACAAGAGACAGAUUGCUACCAGAACUGCAUUUGUGUGGGAGUGUGUGAAGAUGUGCUUUCUGAACAUAGUAUGGUUGAACCUUUUUCUUAUGGUAUGUUUCUGUGGAAACACCAGUGGUGCAAGGUCGAAUGUUGAACCAGGCAAACACUGUGUCGAUAUCCCAGAUCCUACAGGAUCUGGUUAUGUGGAGACAUGUGCCUCUUGCUUUUUUCAACAAAACUGCUUGGACACCAAUGUUUGCUUGACUGGUUCAGAGGGUGAAUUGUGUGAAAGAUGUGUGCAUUUCAGUGAUUUACUUCACACUGGCCACAAGGCUCAAGGUUACUACAGAGUUGGGAAUACCUGUGUUCCUUGUCUGGCUUUUCCGUGGGCUUUAGUAGUUCUUGCAAUUUUUACCAUCAUUUGGCUCUGGGUUGUGGCUUACAAUAGUCUGACUCCUUCCUUGGCAACAAAGAUAAAGCAAGGCCUUGAUUUCUUCCAGUAUGUAAUCUUGUGUUUUUUCUAUCAAGGUGGCUUGGUCGAACACUAUCACUCGAACUGCUUUGGUGUUUACAUUCUCCUACUUCAGCACCUCUGCAGCAACACCAUCUUGCUUGGUUUCUCAGUCACCGCUGUUAUACUUUAUGGAGUGGGGAGUCACUGUCGCUAUCGUUGCCAUCUCUCUCAUACUCAUGUGGGUUCUAGAUCUCAGAAAGGAAUCUCGACUGAAAAAAGGUGGAAUACAAGUAUUAGUUCAGAAGAAGUUGUGGAGAAAACGAGCUGUUUAUCGAAGAUUUGCAUAUCUGAUUCUUAUGAUAUUUUAUGUGCCUGUUACAACUUCAGCGAUACAGUCUUUCAGCUGCACUGCUGGCCUCUACCCUGAAAGUUUGACAUUGCACCGUGGACAAGGGCUGUUCCUAUAUGACAUGAGGAUUAACUGUGAUGAAGUGGGAUUUUCUGCUAUGAAUUCAUUAAUCACUUUGAUUAUGGUGGCCCACACAUGUUUGUUACCUCUACUGGUGCUUUUCUUCACUCUCAGGCAGAAGAAGUGGGGAUUUCUACAGUGCAAAAUGAUUCAGUAUGGACCUGUGUACGAGACGUACAAGGAGAGAUGGUGUUUCUGGGAGACGUUGGUCAUGCUGAGAAAAAUUGUCUAUAUACUUCUGACCAACACCUAUCCAAUAAGUCCCGUAUACCAAGCCAUCGGUCAUUUGUGUGUCACUGGAACUUUCUUACUGGCUACAGUAAUCUUCAGACCAUUCAGGAAAUUCACCUGGAAUCGACAAAUGUUGAGAAUGUUGUCUCCUUCCAUAAUAUUUGAGGUGUUGUCAAACUUCAGCCUUAUUUUGCUUGAGACACAAGGGUUGUUGAUAGCUUAUGGCAUCACAGUUCCAGCCUUAGACGCAGCAUUUGUUAUAUCUCUGGCUGUCGCUCUGGUGUGCUGGUUAACUAUAAUUCUGGCAGUGGAGUAUGAAAAGAACUUGGCAGUGUUUGAAGACUUUGAGGUGCCACUUGUUGAAAAGAGAUCUCUAUUUCUGGUAGAAGAGGAUAACUCUCAAAGUAAAGAUGCAGCAAGACGAAGGAUAGAUGAAGUGAGGCUGUUGGGCACAAGGGUGCAGCCGGUAGGGUCAGGGAACCAUCCAGAUGCCUCAGCAUCAAGGAGUAAAGGGCUUACACACAAAAAUGGACAAGCUAGAAAGCUGUAUGCCACAAGAGAACGAGAAAACAAGUCUGUUGAUAAAAUAGCACUCGGGCUGAAGGGACAUGACAAUACGGUAGAAAAGUCACAGGAGAAAUUACACAAGAGACCAUGGAAUGCAAAUGAUCCAGAGAAAGAUGCAGAGAAACGCAGGCAAGCUGUUGGAGAAGUGAAGGCUUUUGAGAAAACAUUGGAACACCAGAAGAAACGCGCAGGAGAAACUAAGGCACCAGAGACCAGUGUAGUAACUGAGGAGGACAAUGAACAGAAACAUGUAAAGUCACAAGAUGAAUUGUUAUUGGUAUUAGAUGUGGAUAGCAAGGAGCCUUUCACAAGUAGUCAUGUGCCAGUACCUAGUGAUCAACAAAUAAACUCAAGAAAAGGGGGAAGAGAGGGAACACCAGACCCACCAGAAAAUUUAUUUGAUGACAGUUCCAAUACUUCAUUGUUCUGA